AUUACCCAUUAACUUUUGCAGAAGGUGUGUGGGCGUAUGCGCUCAGAUGCGUGCCGGUACAUGGGGUGUGUGCGUGCGUUGCGCGGAGUCUCGAAGGUCAGUCAGCUCGGCUCGCCCUGGGAUAAUGGCUCGGAGCCGUGGUCUUGACCGCCGAUGUGUGUGACCACGUGUCCGCCGGCGGUGGGUGCAGGGUCGUACCGCCAUAGCUCCGCAGCCGCCGCCGCCCAGGCCACGGUUUCACUUCUUGCCGGCGCCCGCGGCCGCGCCAGUGAGUCUCCGGCGCCGCAGCAGCGAGGACCGACCGACGGCGCCCUCUCUGACAGCACCCCUCUGCACCGGGUACCGGUCCCACCGCCCCUGCAGCCGGAACAGCCCGGUCCAGGUCCGAUCUGCACUGCCGACACAGCGAACGGCAAACAGGAUGAGGAGAAUGCUGGUGCUGCCAGCGCUGAUGGUGGCGCUGGCUGUCUGCGUCUCCGGGGAGAAAUUAGAAGCUCCGGAGUCGAAACCAGUGAGGAAGCUAAAUACUUUUGUCGUACAACCGAAACACCAAGAUGCAGUGAGCGCGACUCCGGUACUGGAGAGGAAGCAGCUCACCGUCUCCUCAGAGCCGCCGCAGCUGCUCGGCUCGGCUGCCGACGAGCCGGCGCAGUCCGGCGUCAAGCUCUCCACAAAGACCAUCUACGGCUUCCUCAACUUCGUCACCACGGUCGGCAACACCGUCAUGGUGUUCACGCCCGGCGCCGGGACGCCAGCCGGAGCGCAGUCGGCCGAGCCCUCGCCGGCGUCAGUGGCGCCCUCUCCAUCACGUACCGUACCGGCGAUCGCCUCCACCGCCUCUGAGCCGCUACCCGAGCGCCGUCUACGCUUCACCACUACAGAGCCAUCACCAUCCUCUGAACCCGACACCACCGAGCCGCCAGUGAUCGGCAGACGCAAGGGAAAGAACCUGCUCUGGGCCAAACUGCGGGAGCGCACACCGAAGGACCGUCGUCCGUUCGUGCUGCCUCAGCGGCGCGGUCUGCAGAUUGCUCGCUCGGCAGCGGCACUGCUCCCCACACCUCCCCUGGAGCGUCAGUUCCUGUCCGCCGCCCCGGCCAGCGUGGUGCCGGAGCCGACACCGACCCCGGAGCUCGAUACUCCUACCGUCUCUGAGCGUACAGUUGCUGCUCUGAGGACCGUCCAGGCCGGGGAGGAGUUCUCUGACCCCGAGCCCACGGAGCUACCGACCGAGGAGGGUGUCACCCACGUCUCCUCCGUGAUCCAGGGCACGGUGACCGAGUUUCCGCAGCUGCCGGCGCCGGCUGCGGAGCCGGAGGUGCUCCCCAUCGAGCAGCUGUUCGCCUCCUCGGAGCCAGAGGAGCCCGCCGGUGAGCCGGACAGCCGGCCGCCGGUACAGUCGCUCCAGGAGCGGCUCAAGGCGCGUCUGCAGGCGGCGCUGGCGUCCCGUCCGUCCCGCGCGUCGGCAGCCGGUCAGCGGAGGCCCUUCACGCUGGUACCCGAACAGAGGGCGCGUGCAGCCCGGCCCGGCCGGCCCGAACUGCUACUGUCGGCGCGCAGGUCACCGAGCCGCAGCAAGAGCGAGCGUCGUCUAUCUGCCGCCGACCGUCUGAAGCAGCGCCUGCUGAAACAGCGUCAGGAGUCCCUCGCAGAGGAGGAGGAGCUGACGCAGGAGGAAAGUCCUGAACUCCUUCAGGAGCCGGAUCAGGAGCUAGGAGACCCACAGCCGGAGGUGGUCGCCGUCAACACCUACCGUCCGACAGACGCCACCGAUUUCCACUACGAGCUGAGCACGAUGCGGGCGCUGCAUCAUAACACGCUGGGCAGGUUCACCACCAGUCGUUGGGUGACGAGCACAGAGACUCGUACCGUUCGAGUCAGUCCGACGGCCACCCAGAGGGCGCCACCGGUCUCCUCAACUGCACUCCCUGCCGGAGCGACCCUGGGUCUGUUCGGGGCGGCAGGUCUGACCCCCAGCAGUGGCAGCGGGCUGGACAAGGUGGUAAUGCUGCCGGCCGUUCAGCUGGACCCGAGCUCACCCAGCCUGCCGCUGAAGACCAUGACGGAGACCUACCGCACGACGCAGCUGCUGCUCAAGUCGUCAGUGAUCCCACUGGUGAUCGGUGACAGCACGCGCGCCUUCACUCUGACCCAGUCCUACCAGGUGACGAGGCUGGUGACGGCGCUGAAGACCAUGCCGCCCAUGGAGGUGUUCCAGACGGCGCCGCCGGGCCUGCUGCACCGCGAGAGGCCGCUGCUGGCGCAGGGUUCGGAGAAUCAAGUGGACGAGCUGGGUGUGCCUGUGGUGCGAGUCCCGCCGCCCGAUGACCUGGCAGCUAUCGGGCUGUUCGAUGUCGACCGGCAUGAGAGCGAGAUGAAUCCGGAGGAGUUCAAGCUGCAGCAGCAGGCUGCGGCUCCUCCGGCACCCACCCCGGCCCUCCCACCGCAAUUGGGUAUGCUGGGCGCCCUGGGACAGCUGGGACAGCUAGGAGCUCUCGCACAGCUGUCCCAGCUGACGCCGCAGCAGCUGGCCUACCUGCAGCUGCUGGGUCCGAUCUUCCCAGGUCUCCAGGCUCCACACGGCGCGCUACCGGCCACCCCUCAGACGAUCGUCACCUCGUCACCAGUGACCUACAGCACCAUCACCACCAGAAUCCACUCACAGGCGGUGGUGGUGACCUUCCGUGCCACGCCCUCCACGGCCUACAUCACGUCCACGACCGUGUUCCCCACCGUGCUGACCUCCUACGUCACCAGCACGAUGAAGGUGCACCCGACGUCGCCGCUCGGCUAGAUGGUCGGAAAGAUGGUCUGUCCGACGCACAGGCGGACCAAUCAUUGAACUCCUGGUGGCCCUUGUGCCUGCCGCGUCUCCUGUGGGGGGGAUGCAAAUGAACCGUGACAAAUGCAUAUGACAGCGUCACUCGGUGACAUAAUGACUGACAAGUGCAAGUGACGUGGGACAUACACUGGACAGUAGGUUAUGCCUCAGUGAGUCAGUCAUUCUGCCGAUAUGGAUAGAACUGUGGGAUAAGGUAGCGGUUAUCGCUGCGGUCCUAGCGACUUGCCGAUGGUCGCAUUGACAGCGUCGGGUCAGCCGACAAUGAUCCGAGUGACUGGAUGAACAGAUGACACACUGCGCUGUAUAUGUGAUAUUGCCGCAUGACUGAAGGUCAGAAUGCAUAUUUUGUGUUUUAAAUGUAGUUCUAUGCUGCCAACAAAUAGUGCCUUGUUUUAAGUCCCCAUUUUUUCAGAAUGAUGUAAUGCAUAUGCGUAGGAUUGAUCGUCAGAAACGUGUCAAAAGUCGAUAUACCUGGAUAAUAUUUUACGUCUGUGACCCAUUGGUGGUUGCAUUAUAUCCUUGUGUUACGUUCCCGGUAGUAUCUGGCUCGAGAGUACCUACCGUUUGCCUUAUGACGGUGUGACAGACCCGCGCGGGGUACCGAUCCCUGCCGCAACACCCUGCAUCGAGAGGGGUGAAUUGAAACCAAUGAAGUGUAGUAGCUAGUGUGGUAUGUCGAUGAAAAUACAAACUCCACAAUAC